AUGAAAUUUGCAACUACAUCUUUAUUCUCCGCCGCCUUACUCAAUAUCGCAGCGGCCGGUGUUUGGAUUACAGCGCCCAUCGGAUCUACAAAGGCAAGUGGCGGUGAGCCGUUCACUGUUGCAUGGACGGAUAACGGUGAAUCACCCAGCCUCGCGGAACUUGGAAAUGCAGAUAUUGGACUGAUGAUAGGCUCAGACACAGAUCAGACACUUCUACAAACGCUUGCAGAGGAUGUCCCACUGUCGUCUACAGCUUCAACUUUAAGCGUCAUAGACAAGGAUGCUGGCCCAGAUGGGAAUGUAUACUUUGUCAGAAUAAUCAGCAAAUCACACAAGGACAAUAAUGGGAAUCCUAAUGCUUAUUACUCGGCUAGAUUCCUGCUUGAGGAUAUGGAGGGAACUUUUAGUGAUGAUGUUGUUGAUCAGUUGGAGCAAAUGAUGCAGAAUUCUAAUGAGCAGGAUUCGCUCGUGCACCAUCCCAGUAGCUCAGGAAGCUCAGCAGGCAGUGGGACACAAACCACACAAAGCACGAAGACGCAAAGUACGCAAGGUACUCAAAGUACGCAAUCAGACAAUUGUCAAAAUUCAGAUGGCUCUGAUUCUAAAGAUUGUCAAAACCCAAAUUCACAAAACUCUAAUAACCAAGAAGCGCAAGACAAUGAAGACGACCAAGACUCAUCUGCUUCCUCAGCAUGCUACCAAACGAUGCUCGUUGCUACUCUUGCUAUUAUUUUCGGAGCUUCAGUCUCGACAAUUUAA